GCUAGUCAUACAAUCCUUAUAUUUAGAGCUUUGUAACGUUAGACGUAUGCGUUGUGUACAGUGGCUAUGUAGGUAGUUGUAGGUAAGAUUACUUGACAUUUUGAAUUUUGCAUAGAAUCGGGGUGGGUUCACCAGCAAGCAUCUACCUUGGACAACUAUUAACUGUUACCAGGCAGACAGUUCCAACAUGGCAGCAACGGGGAAUGCAGAGGAGAUGCAAUUGCAAGAAACGGAGGAAGAGGCAGAAAUGGAAAGAGAAAUGGAGUCAGACGAAGAAGAGGGUAUGGGAAUUGAAAAUUCCGACAACGACGAAGACGAUUCAUCAGAAGACGAAAAAGAAAAUGAAGCAGAAAUUCAACGUUUGGAGGAGCAGCUUUCCAUCAAUGCUUUUGACUACAACUGUCAUGUGGACCUCAUUAAACUCCUGAGGCAGGAGGGGGAGCUGCCUCGGUUGCGUAAGGCAAGGCAAAAGAUGAGUGAACUCUUCCCACUCACUGAAGAGAUUUGGUUGGAUUGGCUCAAGGAUGAGAUUCAUCUAACAGAGGAGGAACCAAACCGUGAGAAAAUCUAUGAGCUCUUUGAGAGGGCUGUGAAAGAUUAUAUCUGCCCAGAAAUUUGGCUGGAGUACGCCCAGUACUCUAUCGGGGGCAUGGGACAGCCUGGUGGAAUUGAGAAGGUGAGGUCUAUCUUUGAGAGAGCCCUGACAGCUGUGGGACUGCACAUGACCAAGGGUGCGACUGUGUGGGAGGCUUACAGGGAGUUUGAGAAUGCCAUACUGGCUACUGUUCAGCCCCCCCCUGGCAGCGUUCCCACCCGUGAGCAGCAGGAGCAUCUGAACACUCAGCUCGAGCGCAUCUACACUCUAUUCCGCCGCCAGCUGGCCAUUCCCUUAAUGGACAUGGAGGGAACAUAUGCAGAGUAUGAAGAGUGGUCGGAUCAGGGGGUCUCUGAUACAAUCACCCAGAAAUACAAGAGGGCCCUUCAACAGAUGGAAAAGAGCAAGCCUUAUGAGGAAACUCUGAUUGCAGCAGAGCCACCCAAGCUGGCAGAGUAUCAGACCUACAUUGACUAUGAGCAGAAGGAGGGUGACCCUGCACGGAUCCAGAUCAUCUUUGAACGGGCUCUAGCAGAGAACUGCCUUGUACCAGACAUGUGGGCAAAAUACACCAAGUACCUGGAUCGUCAACUAAAGAUCAAAGACCUCGUCCUGUCCACUCAUGAGCGUGCCGUCCGGAACUGCCCCUGGACCAUGGGACUUUGGAAGAACUACCUACUGGCUUUGGAGAGGCAUGGGGCCGAUCAUAACACCAUCUCAGAUGUUUUUGAAAAGGCCCUGAAUGCUGGUUUCAUCCAAGCCACAGAUUAUGUGGAGAUUUGGCAAGCAUACCUCGAUUACUUGAGGAGGCGCGUUGAUUUCAGCAAAGGUGAAAGCACCUUAACAUUGGAGUCGAGCAGAGAGCUGGAGGAGCUGCGGGCAGCCUUCACACGGUCUCUGGAUUAUAUGAAACAGGAUGUGGAGGAGAGGUUUAGUGAAAGUGGAGACCCCUCUUGUACCAUCAUGCAGGUCUGGGCAAAAAUAGAGGCUCUGCAUUGUAAGAACAUGCAGAAGGCCAGGGAAUUGUGGGACAGCAUCAUGACAAAAGGGAAUGCAAAAUUUGCCAACAUGUGGCUGGAGUACUAUAACCUGGAGAGGUCGUAUGGAGAUGCCCUCCACUGCAGGAAAGCCCUACAUCGGGCCGUCCAGUGUACCUCAGACUACCCAGAGCAUGUGUGUGAGGUCCUACUCACCUUCGAGAGGGUGGAGGGUUCUUUGGAGGACUGGGAUGCAGCGGUGCAGAAGACAGAGACGCGGCUGAACAGAGUCAACGAGCAGAGGGCCAAGGUGGCAGAGAAAGAAGCCCAUCUGGCUAGACAGGAGGAGGAGAAGACUGAACAACGGCGGAAGGCUAAGGCAGACAAGAAGAACCAGAAGAAAGGCCAGAAAGGCACCAGGCCUGGGGAGAAGAGGAAGGCAGAGGAGGAGGAUUAUGAGGAGGAGUGGGGGGAGGAAUCGGAGCAACCUCCAAAAAGGCCCAGAGGGGAAGGCCAUGGGGGCUUCAGGGAGGACGGUGUCGGGGCUGACGAGUCUAUGGACACGGAGAGCGGACUGUUUGGGAGGAGAGCCCCGCCUGUGCGCAGGCAGGAACCCUCAGGGACCAAGAGGGGCCAACAUGGUGCAUCAACCACCGUACGGAAGACCCAGGAAGACGACCAAGAGCAGCGCAAGGACGACUGCAGUGUGUUCAUCAGUAACCUGGCCUUCACCAUGGAGGAUCCAGAACGGAGGUUGAAGGAGCUGUUUGAGCCCUGCGGCCCGGUGCAGUCUGUCCGCGCCGUCUAUGCUCCCAAGGGCUUCAGAGGGUACUGCUACGUGCAGUUUGAGGGCAAGGCGUCUGUAACGGAGGCCCUGAAGAUGGACCGGCAAGAGGUGGAUGGCAGGCCAAUGUUUGUGUCGCCGUGUGUGGAUAAAACCAAAAAUCCUGAUUUCAAGGUGUUUAAGUACAACACAAACCUGGAGAAGCACAAGAUCUUUAUCUCUGGCCUACCUUUUUCCUGCACCAAGGAGCAACUAGAGGAGCUCUGCAAGGAUCACGGCACCAUCAAAGAUAUCCGCCUGGUCACCAACCGCUCAGGCAAACCCAAGGGACUGGCGUAUGUGGAAUUUGAGGAUGAGGCCCAUGCCUCUCAGGCUGUGUUGAAGUUGGAUGGCACGGUACUACAGGAACACACACUCUCUGUUGCCAUUAGCAACCCACCUCGCAGAAACGCAGCUGACAAGCCUGCCCUCAGCAGGCCCGUGGGAUCCAUGGUGCCCCGGAAUAUGGUGUACGGAUCACGGGGAAAAGGGCGCACCCAGCUGUCACUGCUCCCUCGUUCCCUACAUCGGCAGACUGGAUCAGAAAGUAAAGCAGAAAAUGGGACUGCACCUAAACCCACAGAUGGCACAUCUGGAGACACUGGAUUUGAAGCACAAGCCAAGCCCCUUUCUAAUUCAGACUUCGCUAAAAUGCUUCUCAAGAAGUGAGAACUGUGGGAGGAACGCAUCAAAUAGAACUGCCUUUGUAUUGAAAGCCAUCUUGUGUCCUUGAUGAGAUGUUAUGGCAGAUAUUGUGCUCUGCAAGUGUUUGACUCCCCUUUAAUCCAUUCCCAUGGCCCACUUCCUCUUCUCACUUUGUGUGAAAAAGCCUUAAUGUCCCUGGCUCCUGUAUUUAACUGGCCCCUGUAUUUCCAUGUCCUUAAGUGUGAGAGUAUGCUUGUUUUAGUGACCAGUUUCAGUUGUUUGGGGUGUGGUGCAGUGGUUUUAUAGAGGACAUGUAUCGCACAGUAUAUUUGUGUGUAAAUAAUACACAUUAUCGGAAGGUGUUUCUUUUGUUUUUCUGGAUUUGAAAAAGGCUAAGGCAAAUUGAGUAAUCUUUUGUUAUACAACCCAGCUUGUGAAUUACGUUCCUUGUUGUUUUAAAAGGUAUUAUACAAGA